UACGUCGGUGACAACAUUAGUGCGUUAGCCAUUGCGCCCCCAAAAUCUCCGCUCAAUUGUUUUCUCCGUUUGGGAUAUUUACAUCUUUGAUUGAUUUUCCCUUCUAAAGCCACACCCUCCGAUCCCAUGUAUACUCGUUGCAAUUUUUAAGCUUCUAAUUCCAAACAUUAGGAUUUCAGAUCUCGAUUUGAAGUAAGAAUCUACGUUCGUUUCCCUGUAUUUUUUCCCUAAUUCAAACAAAAUCGAGGAAAUUCAAAUUUUAGGCCUUUCAGUUUAAUCAAAUGUUUGGUUAGGUAUUUUGGGAUUUCAAUUUGAAGAUCGAGAGGGUUUUUUCUUCUUCUCAAAAUGCCUGUGAAAUUGGCGCAAUCGUCAUUUAGGGAUCGGACACAAGAGUUUCAAAGCGUAGCGGAGAGGUUAAGGAAGUCGUUUUCGUCUGGGCCGGGUCAAAAUGGACCGAGUAGCAGUACGUCGAGAGCUGAGGAACAGAGAUCUGUGGUUGCUCAUCAAUCGGAGUUUAAUAGGAGGGCUUCUAAGAUUGGAUUUGGGAUUCAUCAGACCUCGCAGAAGCUAUCAAAGUUAGCAAAAUUGGCCAAGAGAACUUCAGUUUUUGAUGACCCCACCAUGGAAAUCCAAGAGCUCACUGCAGUUAUCAAGCAGGAUAUCACUGCACUUAAUUCUGCCGUUGUAGACCUUCAGCUUUUCUGCAAUUCUAGAAAUGAAGGUGGUGUCUCCAGUGACACGUCUAGUCAUUCAACCACAGUUGUAGAUGACUUGAAGAAUCGCUUGAUGAGCACCACGAAAGAGUUCAAAGAUGUUCUCACCAUGCGAACAGAGAAUUUAAAGGUUCAUGAGAAUAGAAGACAGUUAUUUUCUUCCAAUGCUACAAAGGAUUCUCCAAAUCCUUUUGUACGGCAGCGUCCCCUGGCUGUCAAAUCAGCGGCUGGAGCUGCAAACAACCUUCCUAAGUGGGCUAAUGGGUCUGCAUCUUCAUCUCAGUUGUUUCCCAGAAAGCAGACGGAUGGGGAAAGUCAGCCAUUGCUCCAGCAUCAACAGCAGCAGCAGCAACAAAUGGUUCCAUUGCAAGACAGUUACAUGCAGAGCAGAGCUGAAGCUCUUCAGAACGUAGAAUCCACUAUUCACGAGCUUGGCACCAUCUUCAACCAGCUAGCUACUCUGGUUUCUCAGCAAGGAGAGCUAGCUAUCAGGAUUGACGAGAACAUGGAUGACGCGUUAGCAAAUGUGGAAGGAGCACAGGGAGCUUUGCUUAAGUACCUAAACAGCAUAUCAUCUAACAGGUGGCUAAUGAUCAAAAUAUUUUUUGUAUUGAUUGUUUUCCUUAUGGUUUUCCUAUUCUUUGUAGCAUAGUCAAUAAAGUAAGAUGGCUGGUUAGAAAGAUAAAAAAAAAAAAAAAGAGGGAGAGGAGAGAAGAAGAUCCUUUUCUUAGCCUUCUAUUCUUUUCAUAUAUUGCAUCAUUUUUCCCUUUUACUUUAAAGUCACCAUCCAGUCCUGCAGAAUUGUAACUUUUUGUUUUACCAUGAUGUGUAUGUAUGUAUGUAUCGGUACAUGUAAAUUGCACAAGGUAUUGGGAAAAUGGCUGAAUUAUUCCUUUUUACUGUGGGUGUUAUUUGACAGAAUGUCUCCCAAUGUGCCACUCUUUUCAAUGAUAUCUACUUUUAGAGGUUCAUUUUAA